CCAGUGCAACAACAACAAGCGCAAACAUUACAUCAGCAGGCAGGAGUGGCUGAGGGUGCAUGCGGUUUACCAGAGCUUGCAAAAUUUCAGCAAGCACUUGGUCCAUCGUACCAGUUAUUGGUGAUGUUGAGGAUGAAACCCUUCGAUUUAAUUUUCAAAGGACCUGACGCACCCCAUCAAAUUCGCCUCCUCAAAUCCAACGAUCAUUUUGACGGAUUGACAUCCUUCCCGGCAUUCCUCAAUCGCUCGUAUUAUUGCAUUGAAUGCCAGAGAGGAUUUAACACCAACGAUAAAGAAAAUCAUAUCUGUGAAGGAAGACGCUGUAACGCGUGCAGCAGGUUCGAUUGUGCAGAUUAUGUCAGAGGUACACGGCCCACAAAUAACUGCACCCUGUGUCACUGCAAAUUUUACGGUGCGAAUUGUAAACAACAUCACGUAGAAAGCAAGCAAUGUCAAUCAGUGAAAACUUGCCUAAAAUGCCAGGCACGGUACAAGGUUGUUCCAAACCGACGCCAUAGGUGUGGUUUUGCAAAAUGCCCUGUGUGUAAAGAAUGGGUGUCCAUCCAGGAGCACAAGUGCUAUAUUCAACCAGUUAAGGAAAAGGAAGAGGAGGAGGAGACUGCGGAACCAACAGAGGAGGGGGGAGGUUGCAUGGUGGCGCCACCCCCUCCCCUGUUUGUUUACGCCGAUUAUGAGGCGAUGCAAGACCACGAAGGAGUGUUUGUGCCGAAUUUGUUGUGUUAUACGUCCAGCGAAGAAGAAGAAAUUCAUGUCUUACAUGGCGAAGAUUGUUCUCUUCAAUUUUUACAAGAGUUGGAUGAACUCGCUGAUGUCCCAGACAGCGAUAGUGAGCGAGAGAUUAUCAUAAUCUUUCACAAUUUUAAAGGCUUUGAUAGCGUUUUCGUUGUUAACGAACUGUACCAGCAACAGCGUGAGGUGACAGAGCAACUGACGGUUGGUGCAAAAGUUUUAAGCUUCAAGAGUGGUCCGCUAAAAUUCAUUGACUCUUUGUCCUUCCUACCCAUGCGGCUUGCAGCAUUUUCGUCAACCUUUAAUCUAACAGAAUUAAAGAAGGGAUUCUUCCCACAUCUCUUCAAUUUACCCCACCACCAGAACUAUGUGGGAAGGAUCCCAGACAUUGAAUUUUAUGAUCCUGACGGGAUGAUGCCCAUAAAGAAAGAGGAACUAUUGCUCUGGCACAGUGAGCAAGUUGCUCGUAAUGUUACGUUCAAUUUCAAGCAAGAGAUGAUUGCCUAUUGUAGUUCUGACGUGGCUUUGUUAAAAGCCGGAUGCAUCAAAUUCCAGCAGGAAUUUGAGUCACAAGCAGGGUUCAAUCCCUUUGCUGAGUGUAUAACAAUUGCUUCAGCCUGCAACCUCUACUGGAGGAAGGAACAUCUUCAACCCAAUAUUAUUGCGGUAGAACCCCUGCGUGGCUGGCGGGGGGCCAAUACCAACCAGUCGGUUAAAGCCCUACAGUGGUUGUAUUUAAAAGAAAAGGAAAUUCUCAAGCAGGGAGCCAGUGCAGAUCGUAUUCGACACGUUAGAAAUGGAGGCGAACAGACUGUCCGAACGGCUGUCACGUCUUAUUUCGUUGAUGGGUACGAUCCCGUAACUCGUACCAUCUACGAGUUCCAUGGAUGCCUGUAUCACGGCUGUGUAUCUUGUUAUCCUAACAGGCAAGCCAAGCAUUAUACCACACCAGACAGAACCGUAGAGGAACUUUACCAAGCCACUCUAAACAAACGUAUGGCUCUGCUCCGAGCAGGAUAUACCAUAGUUGAAAUGUGGGAGUGUCAGUGGCAAAAAUUGGUGGACACAGAUGCAGAAGUGCAAUCGUUUCUCGCAUCGUUGGAAUUAGUACCACCUCUCGAUCCCCGCGAGGCCUUCUUUGGCGGAAGGACAGAAGGUGUCACCCUGCACGCAGUGGCUGGCGAAGGAGAGGAGAUACGCUAUGUCGAUAUAACAUCUCUAUAUCCCUACAUCAAUAAGACAAGCACAUAUCCUGUGGGUCAUCCAGAGAUUAUAACGCAACCAGUGGACCAGGCAAUUCACUCCUACUUUGGUCUAGCAUACGUAGACAUUCUUGCACCCACCGAUCUCUUCUUUCCAGUGUUACCUGUUCGCGUGGGAGGUAAACUGACAUUUCCACUAUGUCGAACUUGCGUUCAGGAAGAGCGGGAAAAACCAUUGUUGAGUCGCAGCCAUUAUUGUCCACAUUCUGAUGCUGAACGCUUCUUACGCGGAACCUGGUGCACAUCAGAGCUACAAAAAGCCAUAGAAAAGGGGUACACCCUAGUGAAAAUACAUGAAGUUUGGCAUUUUCCAGAACAUCAACGUAGAACAGGACUAUUCAAGAAUUACGUCGAUACUUGGCUCAAAGUCAAGCAGGAAAGUUCGGGCUGGCCUAGUUGGUGUCAAACCCACGAGCAGAAACGAGAGUACAUUCUUCGCUACCAGGAACGAGAAGGCAUCCGCCUGGACGUUGCAAGCAUUACCAAAAAUCCCGGACGAAAGGCCACGGCAAAGCUCAUGUUGAAUAGGUACUUUUUUCAUUUUUCUUUUUUUUUGCAUACUGUCAUUGCACCCUACUCAUCCUUAUUUCUUUUUUAUUUCUUGCAGUUUUUGGGGCAAGUUCGGUGAACGAGCAAAUAAACCCACCACCGUCACCGUUCAAGACCCUGCCCAUUUGUUCAGGCUAAUUACAGACACGACGCUUGAAAUCAACACUAUACGUCUCUGCACAGACGACGUGAUGGAAGUGGUGCACACAAGUGUAGAAGACAACGUAGUGAAAGGCACAAAAACAAAUAUCUUCAUUGCCGCAUUUACAACCUGCAAUGCCAGGCUAAAACUUUAUGAAUACCUUGAUGCCCUGCAAGUAGAGCAAGUGCUUUAUUUUGAUACAGACAGUAUCAUUUACCGUUGGCGUCCCCACCAGCCAAUGAUCCAAACAGGGGAUAUGUUGGGUGAUAUGAAAGACGAGUUAGACGGUGACGUCAUCAGGGAGUUCGUAUGUGCUGGUCCCAAGAAUUAUGGCUAUAUCACUCAGCAGGGGAAAUCGGAGUGUAAAAUCCGCGGAUUUACGUUGAAUGCUCGAGGCGCGAAUGUAUUGAAUUUUCACUCCAUGAAAGCCAAUAUUUUGGCUGAAUUAAAUAACCCACUGGAUGAUCGCCGAACCACCGGUGUGGUAACUCCAUAUUACUUUCAACGAGACUCGGAAAGAAAACGAAUCAAAGUUGUACCACGUGUAAAACAAUACGGCUUAGUGUUCGAUAAGAGAGUUGUAGAUGUUAAUAGCAAGUCGAGUUUUCCUUACGGGUAC